CCGAACGAAGGGUCCUAAAUACCGGUCCAAUGAACGGCACCCCUUGUUCAGCGCUUCCCCGUCCCUCGCGUUAUUCCGCAUACUUUCGCUCCAGUCCGCACCCCGCCGCUAGCUACCCGUUCGCGCCGAGAUGACGAUCAGCCCUGGAGUUCAUCCCGCAUAUUGCAUACGUCUUUUCCUAAAGCCUUUCACUCUAUUCCGCAACCCACAAAUCUGCAGUCGCAAUGGGCAAGAAGCGCGUGCUCGUCGGUUAUGGCAUUGAUGUCGACGCGGUCGCGAACCACAUCAACACCACUGUGGGCGGCAAGCCGAAUCUGACGAACGUAUCCCGAGGCGUUUUCGGUGCGACGCGCGGUGUCGAACGACUGCUGGGGCUUUGGGAAAAGUACAGCAUCAAGGCCUCUUGGUUUAUUCCGGGGCACACUAUCGAAACCUUCCCGGAGGAGAUGGCGAAGAUUCGAGAUGCCGGGCAUGAGAUCGGGCUCCACGGCUACACGCACGAAUUCUGCUCCGACCUCACCCGCUCCCAGCUCGAAGCCAUCCUCGUCAAGACCAUCGAGAUCCAAACCAACUUCUGCGGUGGGAAGCCACCGGCUGGCUUUACCUCGCCGUCGUGGAAGAAUCACCCCGAGCAGAUCGAACUGCUGAGCAAGCUCGGCAUCAAGUACGACCACUCGUUCAUGCACGACGACUUCCAGCCAUACUAUGUCAGCACGGGAAAGGAGCAGAUGGUGACGACGGACUACACGAAGCAUCCCGACGAGUGGAUGGUGCCCAUGACGUAUGCGGAGAAGAGCGAUGUGGUGGAGAUCCCGGCGAAUUGGACGCUGGAUGACUGGCCGCCGUUUCAGUGGGAUGGCGCGAGACCGAACGCUCAUGGAUAUGUCGACCCGUACAGCGUCGAGCGCACGUGGAAGGACAUGUUCACGUGGUGCUACCGCGCCUAUGAUACUUUCAUCUUCCCCAUCAGCAUCCAUCCACAGGUUUCUGGUCGGCCGCAUAUUCUGAUGAUGCAUGAGAGGCUCAUCGAGUGGAUAAACACGCAUGAGGGCGUCGAGUGGAAAACUUUUGCUGAGAUGGCGGAGGAGUUCCGUGCUGGGAGGAUAAGUGGGACUGGCAAGUAGCGGAUGCCAUCCUCAGUAGGUCUUUGCCAUUAUUCUCUGGGCAUACGUAGC